GACAAGGGGGUGGGGUGCCUGGCUGAAACUGGGAGGAGAAAAGGAGGGAGGGGGGAGGAUUUAGGAAUAUUCUUUGUCCUCCUCACCCCGCAGUACAGCACACCACUGGAGAAGGACACGAGCUCCUCGCGGGAACGGAACAAUUGGAUGGCUUGAUAUUUAAGAGCGGGACUGCUUUAUGUGAAUAAAGAGAGAGAGAGCGGAGGAAAAGCUCUCCAGAUAAGCGAGAACUUCGAGAAGCCGCCGCUUGAAAUCAAGGGGACCCUUAACAAACAAACAAAAAAAAAAAUCACGACCGAAGGUUUGAGAGGUUCCAUCCUGUUCCAGAGGCAAAAUGAGCUGGAGCUUCCUCACACGUCUGCUGGACGAGAUCUCCAACCACUCCACCUUUGUGGGCAAAAUCUGGCUCACCCUCCUCAUCGUUUUCCGCAUCGUGCUGACCGCCGUCGGGGGCGAGUCCAUCUACUACGAUGAACAGAGCAAAUUCGUGUGUAACACGCAGCAACCCGGUUGUGAGAACGUUUGCUACGACGCGUUCGCGCCGCUAUCGCACAUCCGCUUCUGGGUGUUCCAGGUGAUCAUGAUCACCACCCCCACCAUCAUGUACCUCGGCUUUGCCAUGCACAAGAUCGCCCGCAUGGACGACAACGACUACCUGCCCCGGAACAGGAAGCGGAUGCCGAUAGUGAGCCGCGGCGCCAACCGGGACUACGAGGAGGCGGAGGAUAACGGGGAGGAAGAUCCCAUGAUCCUGGAAGAGAUUGAGCCAGAGAAGGAAAAGGAAGUGGUGGAGAAACCCAGCAAGAAGCACGACGGGCGGCGCCGCAUCAAGCGGGACGGCCUGAUGAAGGUCUACGUGUUUCAGCUGUUUUCUCGCGCCAUCUUCGAGGGCUCGUUCCUGUUCGGACAGUACGUCCUCUACGGGCUGGAGGUGGUGCCGUCGUACGUGUGCACGCGCUCUCCCUGCCCGCACACGGUGGACUGCUUCGUCUCGCGCCCCACGGAGAAAACCAUCUUCCUGCUCAUCAUGUACGCCGUCAGCGCCCUGUGCUUACUCUUCACCAUUCUGGAGAUCCUUCACCUCGGGAUCAGCGGCGUCCGGGACUGCUUCUGCGCGCCGCGGCCUCGGCCCCCCAUCCCCCGCAACACGGCCCCAUCCAGCCAGAGGUCCUCCAUCUGCCGCCAGCCGUCGGCACCUCCCGGCUACAACACGGCUCUGAAGAAAGACCCGUCGGGGAAAAUGGGCUUCAGGGACAACCUGGGAGACUCGGGUCGCGAGUCGUUUGGGGACGAGGCGUCAUCGCGGGAGCUGGAGAGGCUGCGGAGACACCUGAAACUGGCCCAGCAGCAUCUGGACCUGGCUUACCAGAAUGGGGAGAGCAGUCCGUCGCGCAGCAGCAGCCCCGAGUCCAACGGCACUGCGGUUGAGCAGAACAGACUAAACUUUGCCCAGGAGAAGCAGAGCAGUACAUGUGAGAAAGGUCUCCGUGCAUAGGUUCUCACGAGCCCAGCUGACACUGUAGACUUGAAUUCACAUCAGGAUCCGCAAGAGGACAUAAGGGACUCAAAGUGUGUGUAUGUAAGUAUGUGUGUGUGCGCGUGUGUGACAUUACAUUUGCUUGAGGUGGAUGAAGUCAGCCCAAGCCUUCCAGUGUUACGACCAGCCGUGGUCGGGCAUCGAGUCAAAAGGUGAAGGAGGUGAAGG